GUCGACGAAUGCGGCCGGCGCAUCAUUGCAGCGCGCAAGAAGCCUCCGCGACCCUCAUGCGCUCCAAAGGUGCCUGCGCACAUCGUCGAUGAGUGCGAGAAGUCGUACAAGGCCGCGGACGAGAAGAAAGUCAAGACAACUAACGUAGAUACUCCAGGCGAGCAACAGAAAUAUGCGAUCGCGCUCCUCGAGCAUCUCUUUACAUUCCUCCCCCCCAAUGCGACUGUUGCGGCACUGUACGACAUUGGCUGUGUCGUCGAUCGCAGCCUCGAACUGUACAACAUCCUACCUGUUGAUAUCCACCAACGACUCAUAUUCGCCAUCUCCGCAAUGCACACGUACGGCCAUCAAUGGGCCUGUCAGAUCGUCUACAACCCCCGUUUACGCGAAGGCCUCGGGCUCACCGAUGGUGAGGGCGUCGAGAGGCUCUGGUCGAGGCUCCGUAAGCUCAUUCCCAUCACACGCUCGUCUGCGGCCAAGGUUAUCAGCCUUGAUCUGCGUGAUGAUCUGGGCCACUGGAUCGCCCAACGCCUACGCCAUGGAGUGGAAUCAAGGGAGGUGUCGUCUCUUGAAGAGCUGGUGCGAGUAGAUGCUCCAGCGCAUCUCAAGAAGGAGCUGGACGUUGUGUUGAGCCUGCAGGCUGACCUUGACACUGUCAACAAGGCUAUCGAAACAACACGGACAGUCCUUGAAAAUGGUGAAGCGUCUGCCGAGUCCCAUGAAGUCGUCGCGAGCCUCGAACGAUCACAUACACGCCUGGUUGAUAAGGUAGAGGCCCUAUACUCAUCGCUCAACAUCACGGACAGCUUCCCAGACUUCGGAAACAUCAGCCUCGAGUUCGUGAGGCUGCUACUAAUGGCACGCGACCUGAAGAUCAACAUUCGCAAGCGCGCAGUGGGGAGCUUCUUUGAAUGGGAUCGGCUGGACCAAGCAGUCGGUGGACGGCACAACCCUCUAGGCACCAAGAUCCAUCAGCAGACCCGCAAAGCAAUUGUGAAGCGUACACCCGCCCUCAAGACAGCGAUCCGCAAGUUCAAUCGCUAUUGCGAGACCCUCAAAGAACUCAAACAGCCGGAGUGGACCAUCACCAUACCCCUUCCACUUCCCACUGACCUCGACGCCCUCCGCGACGACACCAGCCUCCUCGCCGAUGUCUGGAUUGACCCCUCACAAGCUCAAGCCCCCCGAUGGCUCGAAGACGUUGACGUCCGCAAGGGUAUUUGCGCGCUCCUACUUGGAGACCGUUGUCUAGAGGAGCGGCACCGCUUAGGAAGAGAGGCAGACAACAUCUGUCGUUGGUAUGGUAGUGAGCUUGCGGCCGCCAAACUGGCAUUGGCGACAUCAUCCAAUGCGGAUAUCGCGUUUCUGCUACAGCAACGCGUCUGCGAGCUUCUGCUCCUACCUGCCAAAUGGAAGAACCCACUGGUCUCGCCUCAACGAUUUGACGCACAGACCACACUCGCGUCCGAGACGGUCAACAGCGCCCUCGGCGAUCCUCAAGU